GUAACCCGGAAGCAGAGGAACCCUAUUGCAUUGUGAGUGGAUGUAGCGCUAUAGACGGUUUGUAUAGUGCGCUCACAUAUUCACAUAUAAGCUGGUUUGCCAACCGCCAAUAAAUCAGCAGAAGACGAAGAGGAGCUCAGACACUGUCUCAAUGUUUACUAUCAGACAAUGGCUUCAAGCGACUAAGAUGGAGAGUAAAUAGCAGCGGGUUGUGUCAAAGCCGCCGCACCCUCAGGUUUGUUUGUUUCUUGUCUUGGAACGGGAGACAUGCGCUGGCGUGUUGUUUUACAAUUGGCCGCCAUCACCCUGUGUAUCAUCCAAUAUUAAGCACAUCUCGCCGGCCAGUCUGCUCGACUCCUCAGAGACCGAUCCUCCCGCACUCAGAGUAUUGUCCAUUAUGUGUCACCUGCAGCUGAGGACUCUGGUCUUUGCAGCCUGGGUGCUGGGCUACGUCGUCUUCCUGCUCUCCAUCCGGAGGAUGUGGACGGGGAAGUACGUCCGCAGUCCGCUCGUCCGCUCGUUGUUUUCCAACAUGGUGAGCGAGGGCGACGCGGCCGCCGCGGACACUGAAGAGGUACGAAAGAUUGGCGAUCGGCGGUGUGCGAAGCUGCAUGGUCACACUCUGUUCCCCGAUCGGACAGACUCAUUUCAUUCGUGGUACCGGUGCUGUCCUGACCUCCUCGGAGAAUCUCUGAGGCCCCUGUUUGUUCAGAGCCACCUGGACUCGGACACCAGGGCUUUUCUGAAGCAGAGUGUGGAGAAGUCUGGCUGGAUGUUCACCCAGCUCUACCAUUCCUUCGUAUCGACGGUCCUCAGCCCUCUGGUCUCGCGCACCUCCAUCAAUGGGUAUCUGGGCCGUGGCUCCAUGUUUGUGUUUUCCGCGUCGCAGCUCCAGCAGAUACUCCGGAUUGAGCCGGAGUGGAGGGCACAGAGGCUCCUGGACCUCGGAGCUGGGGAUGGAGGCGUCACAGAGGUGAUGGGGGCCCAUUUCAACGAGGUCUAUGCAACUGAGGUGUCACCACCAAUGAGAUGGCAUCUUCAGAGGAGGAAUUACAAAGUGCUGGAUAUAGACGAGUGGCAGCAGACUGGUUUCCACUAUGACGUCAUCAGCUGUUUGAACCUGCUGGACCGUUGCAACGAUCCUAUGUUUCUCCUGCGGGAGAUCAAGCGAUCGCUCGUUCCCAACACGGGGAGACUCAUCCUGGCCGCGGUGCUUCCCUUCCAGCCCUAUGUGGAAGUCGGAGGACAAUGGCAGCGUCCCUCAGAACACCUCAAAAUAAAAGGAAAGACAUGGGAGGAGCAAGUGACCAGCAUGUCGGAUGAGGUGUUCAGUAGGGCGGGGUUUGAGGUGGAGGCGGUGACCCGGUUGCCAUACCUAUGUGAAGGGGACAUGUACAACGAUUACUACAUGCUUGAUGAUGCAGUUUUUGUUCUCAAGGCCUCAGAGACGAGCGAAGAGGCUGCUCAGUGAAAAGCAAAUCCACUGCUUAGCUGAGGCUCUUAACUUCAUCUUGGAUGGGUUUUAGUGCAAUUUUCAUAAGCUUCAUUCGUACAACACGGUAUUUCUGACUUGCUCAAACGGUGUGGGUCAGAUGUGAAGCUCAGGUUCUGUAAUUCCUACGUUUACCAGCCAUCUUGUGUGACAGUGAUACCUCUACCUUUUUAAGCAAAAAAAAACAAAAGUGGCAAUUGACCGCUAUUGAGAUGCCACAGAAGAUGAAGUCUUCUAAGACAUAUCAUCAUGUUGUAGAUGUGUAUUCAAUUGAAGUCUGUUAUUUGUGGGAAGUGUUUACUGUUAGUGUUUUAUCCUUCUGUAUUAAUACUUGGAAGAAUCAUUGCUGAAUUAAUUAACUGUCCAUCUAUUGCAAAGGACCAGUGUAUGCACAAACAUGGUGAAUGGAGCACCUUGUGUUGAAAUGCUUCAUUUUAAAUUUGAUAGUAGUGAUAACAGGUGUAAUAUGAGGCCUUCUUAAAGCGAGCCUGUGUAACUUGGAACAGCAGUUACUGCGGUCACAAGUGACAACGACUGAGUAAUGCUUAGAGAUGUAUUAAGUUGUUUCUCUGGCCAUUUGGUCUCCACCAUCUCCUGAGAAACAUAUCUGGCUCUUAAGCUACUACUGUACUGUUUACCACAUCGCUGCUAGAUUGGUCUGUCUGUCAUUUUAAGCUGAGAUCAGCUCAUUGCUGUGGCUGGAAAGGACUUUGUUUAGAGUAAAUUUUUGGGCUGGAAAUAAACAACAACAGUUCAAAUAUAGCAAUUAUGAACAACUUUCAUAUUAAAUAAACUCAUUGGACGCAUUGCUUCUUUGUAAAAUGCUGUUAUGUGCAAGUUUCAUGGUAAAACAUUGUGUAACGAUAACAUAAGUGGUAAAAAGCCAUUAAGGCAAACACAGCAAUAUCUAACCACAGUACUCUAACAUUUGCCAGCUUUAACUACCAGAACAACUAUGGAUGUCGCAGCUAAUCUUUGAGUCUCAACCUUAAGCAAAGAUGUGUCUGUGUUUAUGCAUCCGUUUUUUGUAAGAGAAAGAUUUUGUUUCUUCCAAAUAGUUACAUGGUCUCGCUUUAUAUCAGUGUUGUUCACCUCGUAUGUUACUGCACAGUGGACGAUUUUGGAAUGUGCCACAAUUAAUGCAACAUUUGCAUUGAGAGAGUGUGAUAUGAUAUGAUAUGGUAUGAUGACAACUCAAUAAAAACGAUACAUUUUA